AUGGUCCGCGUCAAACACCGCUAUCUCCUCCUCGACAUCCUCUACCCCGAACCCUCCUGGCCCUCAGCACCAACGACAAAACCCACGCCCCAAUCCCGUACCAUAGCAAAACUACGCAUCCACGCCCCAACCUCCGACGCGCUCACACCCGCCCUCCUCGCAAAAAUGGUCAGGGAGCAGGUCGCAGAGACCUUUGGCGACUGGGGCAUGGGACGGCUCGGCGGCGUCAGCGCAGGUGGUGUGAGUGUCAAGUAUCUCUCCCCCGCGACGUCGACGGCUAUCAUCCGGUGUCCGCGCGCGUCGUUCCGACUCGUCUGGACGGCGCUUACGUUUAUGUCUCAGGUGCCGGAUGUGGGUGCGGGUGCGGCGGGGAGGCGCGUGACGCCGGGCUCGGGCAAUAUCAACAUGCGGUCGUGUGUUUUUCGUGUGGUCAAGGUUUCGGGGACGAUGAGGAAGGUGGAGGAGGAGGCGAUUCGGCGGGCGAGGAGGGAUAUUGUGCGGUUGAAGGGGGCGGAUGAGGUGGGUGUUUUGGAGGGGUUGGUUGGUGGGUUGGAUGGGCAGGGGAGUACUGUCGUUGCUGUCGCUGCGGGGAUGGGUGUGGAGGAUGUGAUGGAUGUGAUGGAUGAGGAUGUGAUGGAUAGUGAGGAGGAGGAUUGA